GUUGAAUGCGCGGCGGAAUCGCGGACAGAAUACCUUUUUUUGGUUUUGCAUUACACUUUUGCGUUUUUGGAACGCUAUGUUGACAACAUUAUUUAUAAUAUUUUUAUGAUUAUAGAGUGUGAAAAUCGUUUCUAAAUAAUUUCGAUAUGGAGGCUUUGUACGACGAUUUGGAAAACUUCAAUGAGUCGAAUGUAAUUGAGGAGUUGAGAAAUGAAAACCAAGACUUGAAGGAUAAAAUUGAGAAAUAUACAUUGACUCUAGAAAAGCUACAAAAAAACAUUUUGCAGGAUUUUGACAAACUAGCAGACGAGUACAAAAAGCUAGAACUGAAUUACUCCUCGCUACUCAAAACCGCCCGGGCUGAAAUUGAAAGAAAGACAAAGAUUAUAACCGAUCUUAACAUUGAAAAAGAUAUGAUGGUGUUGAAUGCCAUCCAAAACAAAAAUGUUCCAAAUUUAAGAAGAAAUUGGGCAGCAGCCAAACCAAAUAAAAACAAGAAUAAUGCAGGGGCUGUUCCAGACAAGAACGCAGCCAAUCAGCCAAAAUCCCAAAGCUCAAUUGCUGGCAGGAAAGAAGCUCCUAAAACUACGACAGAAGAUAAAAGUAUUCCCAUGUCAACAGACAACAAAAAUAUAGUGGAUAUUAAAAACGAAAAGUAUUUGGACCGUACUAGUGAUGCCAAAGAAAAUGUAUGUAAAGUACAGAAAGAGCAAACACAGAAGUCAGCUAGCAUAAGGGACAGGCGGAAAUCUUUGCCUGCUACUACAUUCAGCUUAGCGAAAUUUAGUUCUGAUGAAGAAGGUGAGGUAAUUAGUCCUGCAAAAGAACCAAGAUAUGAGCAUAUAUCUAGUGAUAGCCAUUCCAAGAGGAAUCCUGAUAGAAAUCCUACCAUAGACAAUCCCCCAUUUGACUAUGAUCCCUAUAGCAGAAACAGAAAUUAUGACAAUGAUAAAUUUCGCAACAGGGACAGGUUUGAAACACAAAGACCUAGAUUCAGUCCAGAAAGAUUUCUUCAUAAAUCUAAAAGAGAUUAUUCAGGAGACCGUAGAUUUCACAGAGAUCGUUUGAAAGAUCAUGGACAUUAUAGAGAUAGUUCAGGAGGAUAUAGGUCUGACAAAGAUGGAGAAAGAUUUCAUAGGGAUGGACCAGGAGACAACAUACAUUUUAGAGAUCGUUCAGGAGAUCGCAGACCUUAUAGAGAUCAUCCAGGAGACUUCAGAUCUCGUAGAGAUGGUUCUGGAGAUAAUAAGCCUCGUCGAGAAGAACCAGGGGGCAAUAAAAAACCUAAUUUAAGAAAACGGCGAUUGGAAAGUCCAAGUAGAGAUAAUUUUCAACAAUAUCAACAAAAGAAUCACGAAGAGUUUGAGCGAGAGUAUAAUGACGAGAGAAAUCAGUUUAUACAGGAUGCAGGAAAUCCUAAAUAUCAUAGUGAUUAUGAAGUCCCUUCUAAUAAGAGAGUGAGGACAGAUUCUUAUCACAGGAGUGAGCAAGAUAGCAAGUGUAUUAAAGGAAAGCCUUUGGACAAUGCUCCACCACCUGCUGUUGGAAGUAUUCUAAGUGAAGAUGUGUCUUGCCAAUCACCAGAUAAUAUGUCCACAGAAUUAGCUGCUGUACCAAAAGAAAUUAAGUUGGUUGCUGAGGUAAAAAUUGAUGAUCCUAGAGAACAUAGCAAUAAAUACACAAUAAGAACAGAGAAUGGCGAAAAAGUGUUGUCUACUGUAGCUGGCAGAAAUGUUGACUUGAAACCAGUGAACAAAUCUGUAUGGAAUAAAGUAGAAGUAAAAAUACCAGUAGCCUUAAUGAGACGUCCCUCAGAGGAUCGUAUCAAUGAUUUAUAUGGCAAUAUGGAUAUGGACAACGCUACCUACGAUAUAUUAUCUAAUGAUUCUGAAGUAACCAGGGCCUCCUUGUAUAAUAUAUCUACAGAUCCUUUUCAUUGUGAUCAAUUUGGAAACGAUUGUCAAAACGAUAAAAAUGGGGUUCAAAAACAUCAUAAAAUUGACAUUGCACAAGUUGAAAAAGGUGUUGACAAUCCAAAGAGUAUCGAAAAAAGCAAUGUCCAAAAAGAAAAUGAUAUCGAAAUGUCCACCAUCUCGACAGAGAAAAACUUAGAACAGACUCAUGGAAAGGAUAUAAUGCAGACAACUGUAGAUUGCACUCAAACUUUCGACAAAGGAGCGAAACCGGCAGAAAACACGGCGGAUGAAGACAUAUUGGUGCAGUCAAAAAUAAUAGAGCCACAAAGUUCGAAAGAAGAUUCAUUACAAACAGAAUGUGUUCUAUCACUUGCAGAAAAGGACACUCUUCCAGAGGAAAAGAAUAUCAAAGAAUCAAUCACCAAAGAAUCUUCAAAUGUAAUUAAAAGUAAAUAUAAAAUUCCUAAAGUGAAAAAUAACGACCAGUCUGGGGAAAGUAAACUUUCAGACAGAAUAAUACAGUCAAAAAUAGUAGAUCCAGAAAGUUCGAAAGAAGAUUUCAUACAAACUGAACGUGUUGUUCCAUCACUUACUGAAAAGGAGACUCUUCCAGCGGAAAUUAAUUUCAAAGAAUCAAUCACCAAUGAGUCUUCAAAUCUAUCUAAAAGUAAAUAUAAAAUUCCUAAAUUAAAAAAUAAGCACCAGACUGGCGAAAGAAAACUUUCAGACAAUAAAGUUACAGAUGAUGGAUUAGAAGUUGAUAAACAAAGCGAAAACCUAGUCGACAAAUCUGGCAACCGAGAAAAAGAACUGUCAGAUAGUAAGCAUACUGAAGAUAAGUUCGACAUUGAAAUACAUGGCAAAAGCCAAAGAAAACUGUUAGAUGUUAAGCACGCGAAUGAUAAAAUAGAAGUUGAGAAACAUGGCAAAAGCAAACUGUCUGAUGAUAAACACAUCAAGGAUAGAUUACAAGAUGACAAACUUGGCCAAUGCGAUAGAAAACUGUCAGAUGAUAAACACAGCGAAUACAGAUUGGAAGUUGACAAACAUGACUACCGCGAAAAAGAACGCAUUGAUGAAAAACAUACUGAUGAUAGAUUAGAUGCUGACAAACAGGACAAUGUUUCAUCAAAGCAUAAGCUUACAGAUAAAGAUACAACAGUAACUGCCACGGAGCGAAGAAAUAACCACAUGACCACCGAUGCUGCUAACAAAGUUAUGGUUGCUGGUGAUUUAGAACUCAGUGAUGAAAGUAGCGAUAUCGACCUUUUGAAACGCGUCAUGAAAAAAGUAGAGAAACAAUUCCCGUCUCAAAGUAAAGUUGUUGCACUAAAAACUGUUCCUGAUAAAGAUGAUAAAAACAAAGACGCAGAUUGUAAAAUAGACAAACCGAUUAGUAAUAUUCUAAGUGAGAGCAAUGUAGAUAUUCAACUGAAAGUUGCAGAUAAGACUAAAAGUGAAUCAGAUGAUGCUAGCAAAAAAGGAAAAAGUAAAAACAAGAUAACUAAACAAAAAUCCGAAAAGGGAACAUUGAAAAUUCCCGAAGAAAAUAUUAUUGCCUCAUCUACACAAUCAAAACCAAUAUUAAAGCAAACUGAUGUGCCCAAAAAUAUGAAAUCAAAAUUCAGUGAUUUGUUUGGUGAUAGCAGUAGUCUUAUAACACCUGAAGACCUGGGUUUGACCGCGCUAGAAGUUCGAAUAGAAUCCUCCUCUACAAAGUAUUUUCCUAUUUUCGAAGAUGCCCAGGACGCCGCUGAUCUUGACGGUAAAGUUAUCCAGACGAAUGCGGAUUUGCUGGGUAUCCCUAAAGAACCUAUUGGUGUAACCAACCCUAUCAAAAAUACAGAUCAAAAUAAAGGUUUAGAUAAAAGCACGAGUAAAAGUGAUAAUAUAAUUAAUUCCAGCAAAAGUAAAGAAAAGAAAACACACAACGAGAAACCUACUGAUACAGAUGUAACUAAACAGAAACCUCAGCAACGUACAAGUUUAGCAAUGGAACUCGAACCCAAGCCUCUUGUUCCAAACGAUAAAACUAAAUCUUCCAAAAAUACAGAAAAGGAACAUGUUAUUAAAAAGACUGAUGUCAAAGAAAAGAUUAAAAAUAGUAAACAUUUAGAAACACAACAAGUUAAUAAGAUGGAUGCAGUUGAAACUAAACCUAAAUCAAAAUCGAGUAAAAAAGAACAGCAUGAUACUAAUCCAUUAGAUGCAAAUGACAACGCACAAUCAAAUACAAAUCACACUCAAAAUGAAAAUGAUGAAAUGAAAACAAAAGAUCAAAGCAAUAUUGAAAUAAGUGUAACGACAACAGGGAAAAUAGAAGUAAAUGACACUAAAACAAAGACAAUAGAAACUAGGAAAAGGAAAUCAAGAAAACAUGAAGAAAAAACACAACCAAUUGAACCAGAGACUCCUCAACCGGCUGUGAUAACUGUUGACCUUGAUAGAACGUCUCCACUAACAUCAGAUAUAUCACAACCUAAAUGCAAUAUGAAAGAGUCAGAAAUUGUGAAAACAGUUAUAAUAUCUACUGGAGUACAACCAUUAUUUGUUCAAGAAAAUAUGCCAGUGAAUGUCAUUAGUCCAAUUUUGGUCCAACCUGUGACGCCUAAUAUAGAUAGUCGAGCGACAGACGUCAAUCCAAUGAGUUCCGUUCACAUCCACGCUCUAGCGACGUCGACACCCGCGAAGGAAGUUUUGCAGAAUUCGCAAAAUGUCAACUUGCAAGAUAUAGUUUGUAAAACCCCUGAUGUCAAUAACACUUCCAAUGACCAUUCUGUUAACAAUGACACGGAAGCACCAGACGUACGGAUUUUCGUGAAACGGAGAAGAAGAGUUUUAAAAAAAGCUACCCCUUCUAAGACUUGAACUGAUUUGUUAUAAGAUUCCUGAACGUCUUGCGACUGUAGUUAAUUAAAAUUUGUAUUAUAUAAUUAUGUGUUAUAGAUUUUCUAUAAGGAAUUAUCAUUGUCAUCUGUACCUGAUUGGUACUAAUUUUAGACUGUACAAAUAAAUUAAGUAUAUUACAUGUUAUAGUUGCAAUUAUGCAGGACUUCACUUUGGUUCCGUGUUCGAUCCUAUUUGCUUUGCGGAAAUGAGAGCAAGAAAUAGUUUUGUGUAAUGGUGGCGAAAGAUAAAAUUCGUCUUAAUGUAACAUACAUGGACUCCCCCUUUUGGUAGUUGAUUUAUUGAGGAGAACCUACUAAAUAUAAUAAUUUCAUUUUUUUAGGAUAGAUGCUACAUUUGGCGUGAAAACAGAUUCAUGAAAUUUCAUUUAUUUUGUAUUAUUGUCAAAUGGAGAUACAAAACCAUCAUUUGUUUUAUAUAAUCGUUGCACAAUUUGUGUACUUAUCUAGUUUUUAUAAAAAUACAAAAAUAUUGUGUAAAAUAUUGGCCCAGACCUAUCUUUUUUAAAUUAUUUUAUUUCGGCACACAUUUACAUACCAUUUAGUUCGUUUGUUGCCCUUGUUACUACCAAUCUAACUACCAGUAGUUAUACCGUUAAUUUUUAUUACCCUUACUACUCCAAUAUCGAAUUAGAAGGGUAAACUUGAAAAUCCCGUGUUACUACCGUAACUUCCUAACAAAUAAGGUAAGAAAAUAAUAAUAAAAAAUCUGCCUAGUUUUUUCAGUUGUAGAAAAGUCUUCGUUAUAUCUUUAGCUCUGUUCAUAUAAGAAAUACAUACGAGGAGAAACUGGACAGAGUGCUAAUAUCUUUUGUUCCUCACCAUGUGCCCAAUUUUACAAGUUACCAAAAAAUACAAAAAAUAACAUUUCGUUUAAGGCGAAGGCAAAUGUCAUGUUGUAUUGUCACCCCGGGGGUCAGUGCUAGAGGCAUUACCAUAGAUAAAAUUAAACUACCUUACUGUGAAUAAUCAAGUCUGGGCCGCAUAAUUUACAACUGUACAUAGCUAUGUAUUGUAAAAAAAAGAAAUUCAAUUUUGUUAAAUAAAAUACACAAAGUAUUCCCAGAACAGUCUUUAUUUUCCUUAC